AUCUCCUACAAAGCUCUGAGCUCUUUCGACACGGAGUUCGAUUUGUCCAAUCAGAGCGGGAAGGUGUUCAAACCGGCCAAUGAGACGAGCCACGUGUUCAGCGGCCUCUUCCCAGGCUCCACCUACUCCUUCACAAUAAGAGCGUCAACCGUCAAAGGCUUCGGGCCGCCCGUCAUCACGCAGUUCACCACCAAGAUCUCAGCUCCUCUGAUGCCGGCGUACGAUCAGGAGUCUCCUCUGAACCAGACGGACUCUACUGUCACCGUGCUGCUGAAACCCGCUCAGAGCAGAGGAGCACCUGUCAG